AUGGCACCAGCACGACCUCGAGUCGUGGAUGAUGCGCGAUCAGAGACAUCGCUCAACACAACGAGAGAUCGAGCUACCACAGGCGUACCAACCUCAAAAUCGAAAAAGAACAACGCAAAUCAAUCUUCUGUAGCCAAUAGCUCUUCAAAGACACUAGCCACACCCAGCAAUACUGCCACAACUGGCUUAAAGGCCAAUGGCGCAGUCGAGCCUCAGCAAGAACAACCUCAUGUUGACUGGCCCUCAUUUCCAGCAUAUGCUCUGCACGCCUAUCGAUCGGCUUACAGACUACAAAUACCUGCUUCCUACACGCAUAAGCACGCGGAACUUCUCUAUCAAACCUGCGAUCUAGCCCUACGGGCACCAUCCCAAGUACUUGCAAAAAAGAAGGCACAUGAUCUGAAGGUAUACAAAAGAAGACAGGCACAACAAGCCACUCAGACUCGAGCACAUGCGAAUGGUGUUUCCAAAAUCUCCAAGUCCUCACGUUCCAAAGAUAAACGCAGUACUACCAAGAACAAAGAAGCGAUAGACACAACAACACAGCUAUCGAUAGAAGAGCCACCCUCACCAAAUUCAAACUCACAUCCCUCCCAUAGCAAUGUAGACUCGGCCUCAAACCCUCCCGAUACUGCCUCGAGAAAAUCCCCUACAAUCGCAUCGGAACAGCAGCAGCAAGAAGAGCAAGAGGAGGACAACAGCAUACCUACCUCCCUGAACCAAACAAAUCCCGAGUCAACCGUCCUCGGUCAUUCCCAAGCCACUGCUCUUCAAACCUCGAUACGGAAACACUUCAACGCUCAACAUCUGAACGAAGCAGAGACCAUAGCACGAUUUACGUACGUCGUCCGUCAGCAGGGCAGCAGCACCACAUCACGCAUCGCACCUCUCGCACAAAGGCUAGGCGUGCUGCCUCUACCCAACACGAUAGCAGAGAAUAUCGCAGCUGUAGCAAAGGCAGCAGAUGCGAAUCCAGUUGCUGCCGCUGCAAUCACCGCUGCCACUAACGCUGCAGGCGCGACUACGGCUGCGAAUACUGUUGGCAACGCAGGAGGAGCUACUGCGGAAAAGGGCAAGGGCAAUGCACAUACAGCACACAGCCUAUCUGGGCCAAGGACCCUUGGUGGUCAGCAUGUGCAAGUAGAAGGUGGAUAUGGAGAUGGCAAAGGCCACAUGAUGGGCACUACCAGUUGCGGAAGACAGGUAAGAGUAUUGGAUGGUGGUGGUACAGGCACUUUUAGAUUGAGGUUCAGACCUUAG